AUGUCCCGUGCUUAUUUAAAUGAUUCACAAACCAAGCUUAUGGAAUGCAACUUCUUUGAGUGGAUAGAUGAUGAGUUGGAAGAUGGUUACUACAAAACAUUGAUUUACUCAAUGAAGCAACAAUUGGACAGUAGAGAGGAUCGCUCUGAAUUGGGUAAAUACAAGACUAAAGUGGUAGAGUUGGAGUUUCUCCUAUCAAAGGAGAAUGAUGAGGUUGAGAGGCUACAAAAGCUCCUGGGCCAGUCAAAUAAAGUAGCUGCUAGGUUGAAGCUUGUGAUUGUGGUUCUUGUGGUGGUUGUGCUUUGCCUUUGGAUGUUAUGGAAGUGA